AGGACACAAAGAUGUUGGCUGUCACCUUAACGGGGCUGGUGAUACCCAUAGUUGGCCUGCCGACCCCCAUAAUGUUGGUGAUGUAGAGUAGUGAGUGGCUGUGGCUCACAUCACACCGUGUUACUCCUCAAACUAACAGAGGGAGAAGUUUACUGUAGACUCAAGACAGAUACAGUAGUGCCUUUUACAGUUGACUGUUCCAACACUGACCAAGAUGUUCUGGCCUGUGGUGUUGGGAAUUUCUUGUGUCAAGCUUCUUCUUAUUCCAGCAUACCGCUCUACGGACUUCGAGGUUCACCGUAAUUGGCUCGCCAUUACUCACAGUCUUCCGGUUGAUCAGUGGUAUUUUGAGAAGACGUCACAAUGGACUCUUGACUAUCCUCCUCUGUUUGCCUGGUUUGAGUGGCUUCUGGCAAAGGUAGCUUGGUACUUUGACCCCAAGAUGCUGGAUGUAAGGAAUCUAAACUAUGCUUCAGACAUGACAGUCCUCUUCCAGCGUCUGUCGGUGGUAGUUACAGACUUUGUGUUUGCAUACGGUUGUAAAAUAUGUUGUGAGCAGGUUGGCCGGUCUUGUGGUAGACGAGAGGAUGUGGUGUAUCCACUCUUCCUCGUUCUGUUUGGUAAUGCCGGACUCAUUCUGGUGGACCAUAUUCACUUCCAGUAUAAUGGCUUCCUGUAUGGCAUCAUGUUCCUCUCUGUGGCAAGAUUACUACAGAGAAGAGAAAUUGAGGCAGCAUUUUGGUUUUCUGUGCUAUUAAACCUGAAGCACAUUUACCUGUACAUUGCUCCAGCGUAUUUCAUAUAUUAUUUACGCUCCUACUGCCUCUCGUCCACUCCUGAAGGCCACAUAAGAUGGCAGUCUUUCUCCUUGUUUCGUUUUGUGAAGCUUGGAGUAACAGUGGUGACAGUGUUUGGCCUUUCAUUUGGACCAUUUAUCAUGAAAGGACAACUCAAUCAGGUGUUGUUCCGGCUGUUCCCAUUCAAACGUGGUCUGAGUCAUGCCUACUGGGCACCAAACUUCUGGGCGCUAUAUAACUUUGCUGAUAAAGUCUUAGAGUUUGUUGGUGGCAGAAUGGGAUGGCUGACAACAUCUGGGAGAGCUGCCAUGACAGGGGGACUUGUUCAGGAGUUUGAUCAUGCUGUUCUCCCAUCCAUAUCACCACAAAUCACCCUUAUAGCUACAUUGAUUUCAAUUGUGCCAUGCUUGGUAAAUCUGUGGAGGACCCCACACAACCCUUGGCAGUUUGUGCGUGCCCUGGUGCUGUGUGGAUUUGGUUCAUAUAUGUUUGGCUGGCAUGUUCAUGAGAAGGCCAUUUUUCUUGUAAUUUUGCCACUUGGGUUGUUGUGUAUGCAGCGUAAGGUUGAGGCUCAGGUGUUUGUUAUCAUGAGCAUAGUUGGCCACUUUUCUCUCUUUCCUCUGUUCUACACCUCCCAUGAGACACCUAUUAAGGUUUUUGCCUUCUUGUUACAUGCUGUAUAUACCACUACUGUCCUGUACAACCACUGGAUGGAAGGUAGAAUAAGUCCUCUCAUUCCACGGAUUCCUCUCUGUAGUUUGGCAGAAACUGUGUAUUUAAUUGGCCUCAUACCAGUAUUCCUUUAUGAGCAGUUAGGUCACAGUAUGUUUGGUCUGGAAGAAAAGAUGCCAUUCUUACCCCUGAUGCUCAUAUCUGUGUACUGUGGUCUGGGAGUGAUGUAUGCUUGGCUGAAAUAUUAUAAUUUUGUUUUAUUAAAUACAAGAAAGGGGAAGAAGAAAAAUCAUUGAGAACUUCAGUGUUAGGUCUGAUAAUGUUUUGGGAUUAUAAUGAAAAAUAGAUAUUUUAUUUUAGAAAACUUAAAGUAAAUAAUUAUUUGAGAGAGAAGUCAUUUAUGUUCCUGUGAUCUCUGUGUGGUCUCAGUCACUUUAAAACCAUAGACAUUUGAGUACAAACUGUAUUAUCAGGAGUUCUCCUGCAUUACCAAUAACUUUUUUCCUGCCAUGAGAGUAUGGCUGAACAAAUGUUAAUUCCAUGAUUCUUAACACUCUGCUACGUGUGGGUUACCUCAUCCAUGUUGGCAGGCUACCGUUCCACUGAAGGGUUGUUUCUCUAAUAGAAAGCAUACCUGAGAGUGCACUCAUUUUAUUACUUUUAUAUUAAGUGUUGAUAUAAAUGGAGGGAACCAAGUCCUUUAUUUCAAUCAGUAACUGAACCUGGAACCACUUGGCAAGUUGGGGGCUCUGCCACUCACCUGUUAGUUAUCAUAGAUACUCCUCAAUUUACACCAGCCGUGAUAUCUCUUUAGCUAAUGUUUCAUCAUUUAUUGAGAUUACCACACAGUUACUGAGCAGUAUUUAACACUUGCCUCCUCUAGUGCAGAAAACAGAAUGUUAGUGAGUACGUACACUCAUUUAUGUUUGUUUACUAAUACAGUGACCCCUCGUUUAACGAACGCCUCGGUUAACGAAAUUUCGGUUAACAAACUGCCUUCCAUAAGGAUCUUCAAUUCGGUUAACGAACAAAAAUUCGGUUUACAAAUUUCUU